CUGCACUUAGCCAGGUCACUAACCUGGGAAGAGAGGCCAAGGGGGCGCCCAGCACCCCAGCCUGCAGGAGUUUCGUCAGGGGACACAGAGACUCAGUUGUCCCCAGAGCCCAGUUUUCUGAGACUGGCACCCGAGGGCCCAGAGAGAUCCGUUAUCUGCAAAUUCACCAAUGACCACCUUCCCCCCAGUUCCUGUGGCGCGUACAAGGCUUGCUGUCUUGGCCAGGCAGAAACUGCCAUGCUCUCCAGGAACAAUUCCAAGGGCUCGAUUGAUCAAAGAGAAAGACGACAUAGAUCAUUACCUGGAGCAGAAUUUCAAAGGCCUGUCGAAGGAAGAGGUUGCCGCCCACAGGAACUCAUACAAGAAGAGCAUCUGUGUGGACAUGCUGCGCGAUGGCUACCACAAGUCCUUCACUGAGCUCUUCGCCCUGAUGGAGCAGUGGGACGCGCUGCGGCACGCUGCUGAGGUGCGGUCCCUCUUCUGGAUGCAGAGGCCGCUGGAGGAGCAGCCGGACAAGCUGGACAAUUUCUACCACUACCUGACCAGGGCUGAGGCUGCGGAGAGGCAGGAAUACUACGAAGAAGUGUAUAACAAUUUAUACGCUCUGGCCUGUUACUUCGAUAAUUCUGAAGACAAGUGGGUGCGGAAUCACUUCUAUGAACGGUGCUUUAGUGUUGCUCAGCUGAUCAAAGUUGAUGGUGGGAAGAAAGAAGCAGAGGCGCAGGCGCACAUGGGCCUUCUGUUCGAGGAAGAGGGUGAGCUGCUGGAAGCUGCCCAGCAUUAUGAAGCCUUCCAUGAACUGACGCAGGGCCGGAUAUGGAAGGAUGAGACAGGCCACUAUCUCAACUUGCUCGCCUGUGAAAGUCUCGUGAGGACCUACAGAUUGCUCUCAGACAGAAUGUUGGAAAACAAAGAGUACAAACAGGCCAUCAAAAUUCUAAUGAAAGCUUCUGAAAUAGCCAAAGAAGGAAAUGACAGGAGCAUGGAGGGAGAAGCUGCUCUCUACCUGGGCUCAGCCCACCUGGCUGCUGGAGAAUAUGAAACCGCUUUCACAGUGCUGCGCAGGUACAGCGAGAUUGCUGCAAGCAUGGAUGAUGAUCUGAACCUGGGGAGAGCCUACGAGGCGAUGGCCAAGGUCCUGCAGAGCCAAGGACAGAUGACAGAAGCAAUUAAAUACCUGGAAAAGGUUGUGAAAAUCGCAAGGAACAACUUCCAAAGCCUCGACGUGAUACGAGCAAGCACAAUGCUUGGCGACAUCUACAAUGAAAAAGGGCAGUACAGCAAGGCUUCCGAGUACUUCCAGCAAGCUUUCAGCACCACUGUGGAGCUCAUGAAAACAGCGCUGAUGGAUGAAACCAAAGUUCAUUAUGGGAUAGCCAGAGCCCAUCAGCUGAUGCUGACCAUGACGGGUUACAUAGAGUCUGCAGAUGUGGACAGCCUCAACUGCCUGCUGUCCUGGAAGGAAAGCAGAACGCAAAUCAAAUAUGACCCCGUUCUGGGAGAGUCUAGAAGAGCCACAGAGGAUAACAUAUAUCAAUACGCAGAUAAUCAGGAAGAAGUAAAAAGAUCUCCAGAUAAUCAAUAAAAUGGAUCUUAAGUGACUCAACAUCAAGGCAAGAAGAAAUUGAGUGCCUUAGACUUCGGCUUCAUCUGAGAGGCACAUGUAAGGAGUGAUACAGAAUCAUAAAGGAAACUACAGUUGCUUUUAUUGGACUUUGUGCUGCAGUGACUAUGCAAGUUUAGGAAGGUGAAGAACAGCUCACCUGGUUAGGAAGGUCAAUAGUUACUCAUAAAAUAAACUAAAAUGUAUCCUCUUACCUGCUCUUACCCAAGAAGUCAUGGCAUCCAAAAACCAAAUUUUAAUUAUUCCUGAUUGUAAAUAUUUCCAAGUUAAAGAAACCAUUCAUGCUGAAUAAAUAUGAUAAUAUUUGCUAAAAUUCCAGGGGAAUGCCCCAGUGCACAAAGGGUCCUAACCAGUCCAAGGUGUGCUCCAACAGUGUGGCUAAGCACUGCUCAGUUUGCUUGGUGUGUGGAAACUUGGAUUGAUGGCAAGUUUAGCUGAUAGGUCACGACCGAGUAUACACAUGUCCAUUUGAGACAGUAAGAGAAACCUUUGAUCUCAGGAACCUUUGCUGGCAUGCUUGUGACUGAGAGGAGGUAGCUGAAAUGGUUACCUUGGAAACAUAUGGACCCCUCAGGUGAAUCCAUCAAAGUAGUACACUAUCAAGAAUAAAGACUGUAUUCCCUUUCAGUGCGGUCAAGGUCUACUCUAGUUCUGCUUCCUUUCCUGUUUUGCCAUUGCAGAGCAGAGACUAAUCCUGGAACUGGUCAGAGGUGUUCAGGUGUGCCUACUAUCAGCCCAAGAAGUGGAUCGGUUCAGCAACAAUAUGAGAAAGAUGAUCCGCUGCCCACACCAGAAAGCUUAGGGAAUGUGCGGAAGGGAAAUGGCUCUUGUGGCUUGUAAGCCAAUUUCCACAGCACCCAGUCCCUGGGCCGGGUCUUUGGUUCUUACCCUAAAAUUAGAAUUAAAAUGUGUGAGCCCGGGGCUGGAGAGAUGGCUCAGUGGUUAAGAGCAUUGCCUGCUCUUCCAAAGGUCAUGAGUUCAAUUCCCAGCAACCACGUGGUGGCUCACAACCAUCUGAAAUGCGAUCUGAUGCCCUCUUCUGGCCGGCAGACACACA